AUGCGCUCGUCACCUACUUUCCAACCGGCACUCGAUUCCUCACACACCAUUUCGCAGCGCAAAGCCUGUGACCAUGGUAUCACCUUCGCUGCACACUAUCAUGCGGACGACUAUGCGGUAUCUCUGGCCAGUGGUGCAGCAUGUCUCGAGCUCUGGACCAAUCUGCCCGUUUCGCAAACAACAGCCGCUGCCUCCUCCUCUCAAUCGACUGUAUGGAAGGCGGUCCCUCUUCUUGCUCUGAAGCCGUUCGUUGGCGACGACACCAGCUAUGUCUUUGCAACUACUGUCAACUGUGUCCAAGGUGCUUCAACCAAGAACUUCAGCUUCACCUAUCGUAUCGUUCACCCGGAUGGCAUGAUCGAUUGGCUCGGAUCCCCCUCCAACGAUGGACAGAUUCAUCUAGCUCCCCUUCAUCAACCUCGCUACGGUUUUCGUGAGCUAGUGCAGCCUCGUUUAAAUACCGAUCUCAAGCUAAGCGAAGAAAAUGAAUCGUCUCGCGAUGCCGACAAUAGCGUGAUCCUUGCUAGUCUCGCAGUCUCACGCAAUCAUAAUCAGGGCAGCGUCGCUUUCAGCAUCAACACAGACAAUGUCGAAUCCGGCAUAGUGGUGGAGAGGACCAAAUCGACGUGGUGCACAUCCAGACGUUUUGGGUCGCUUUCUAAGAUAUCUUCAGAUUUUGGGUCCAACCUGAUCAUCCUCGAGCUAUCUCGAUCUGCUAGCAACGAGGUGCUGAUAAUUCUGCCGGUCUUCGACGAUGCUAUUCGUCCCGCGCGAUUGGUGCGCAGCUCCUGCGUGGGAAAUCACGUACACUUUGAGAUACUUGGAGAUGGCGCCUCGCAAGCCAAAGUGGCACUGGCUCUUGGCACGGCUGCUGACCUCAAACAAGCCAUUGCCAUAUGUCGCUCUUAUGCUGCAACGCUGAUUCGAACAUAUGUCCAUGAACCGCUGGGUUUAUCUUGGUCAGCGAAACAUCUGCUUGAUGCCAGCUCAUCUCUUUCACUCGACCUCGUCCUACCCUCGCUCCCAUAUGCAAAUGAAGAGCUCGAUCCGACCAAUUCCUCGUUCUUCUCUGACUCUACACUGGUCGAUAGUAUUCAAACGAGUCUAAGCUCGGCAAGCUCCAUGUGCCUUCCUUCGAUACAGGAAGCUUCCAUGAAGUCAGAAGAACAAGCUGACGCAUCGACUGUUAACCGCGAUCGUACAGUCCAGAUUGGCAUUCAACAGCAACCUUCACGGGUCGAGAAUGGACUUGGCUUCUGCACCUGGGAAGCGAUGCAGAAUGCUGAGCGACGCCCAUACCUAUCCGAGGUGAUUGCUGCUCUGGAAGCGGCAGAGAAGCGUUUGGGUAAAGGUUCCAUUGUGGCCUUGCUCAUUGAUGAUGGUUGGCAAGAUGUUACACGAGGUUUGGACGAUCGUGGACGACUCAACAGCUUUGACAUGGACCCAGCCAUGCUUGACCUUGAAGAGAAUGAGGAAGCUUGUGCUGAUGCAAGGAGCACUGGUGUCCUUGCUCGCUACACCUCCUAUAUCCGACGGAGGUUCCCCGGCAUCAGCUCUAUUGGCUGCUGGAUGACCUUGGCAGGGCACUGGGACGGAAUUCAUCCCGAUGGGUCUAUCGCUGCUGGCCUCAGUGCACCGCUCCGUCAUGCUCGAUGUGAGGAUCCAUUCCGCCGGGUCAGUCGGGACUGGUUUAUUCCAGCUACGGAGCUCGACCUGCAUCUGUUUUGGGACCGCGCAUUCCACUCUUUGCGUGAGAGCGGCGUGGAUUUUGUCAAGAUCGACGCUCAGGCUGAAUGGGAAUGGAUUGCAGAUAAGCCCGACUCUGUCGGUUUUGGCCGCUCUGCACCAAGCCUCACUGCAACUGCGCUUGGCCAGGCGGCGUUUGAAGCGAUGGAAGGAGCUGCCACACGCUAUUUUGGCACACCAGGCGGCGUGAUUCAUUCGAUGGGCUUCACAUCGAAUCUCACAAAUACGCUCCGAACACUUCGUACAAAAGGCAUGGUCAUACGCAGCACGGAUGACUUCUUCCCGACAAUUCCGGAUGCGCAUCGUCACCACCUGGCACACCAUUCUUACAACUCCUUACUGCUUCCGGGGCAUACUUGUGAUGCUGAUAUGCUUUCUCACUGUUCCGACAGUGGCGCAAUUUCAGAGGACAUCGCAAAUGAUCUCGACUACACCGGAUACCAUGCAAGUUUCCGAGCAUUCACAGAUGCGCGCCUGUGGAUUUCGGACAAAGCCCAUGCUCCGCAGCACACCGCUCUAAGCGCUCUGGUGUCGCCUACGGCAUUGUCAAACGAAGGAACGAGGAUACCUGUGCAAGCGACUGGCAACUUGCUAGCUGAUUGUGUCUUUGGCGAUCUCAUCGGCAACGGUGUUGGGCCGGCGCUGAAGCUCUUCGUCCGACACGAAAGUACAUCGAGCGCGACCAUCGGCGUUUGGAAUCUCCGCGCGAAUCACGCUGAGAGCUUCGACGUUCUUGAUCUCACACAGCUGUUCAGCAUGCAAGCUGAUAACGGACUUGUGUCGAGCCAGCUGUACACCUACUAUGCUGUCAGAAGCUUCCGAUCGGGAAAGGUGUGCCUCCUCACAAGCGAUAAAUGCCAGGAGGCAGAGGUGAGCCACUCGCUCCCUGUAACACUUGCAUCAGGAUCCUGGGAUGUGUUGAGUAUCUCGCCAUUACUCACGACAAUGGUUCAAGGAGUCAGCAUAGCCUUUCUUGGCGCCACCGAGCACUUCAUGGCACCCAAAGCGGUCCAUGCGGUCACCAUUGCUGCACUGGAUCCUGACAAGGAUAGAAAAAGACAAGGAAGGAGGCGUUCCUACCAGUCACAAUCUCCGAGAUCAUCGCAUCAACAAAACCGUUGGUCCCGCUCCAUCAGCACAGACCGUUCUCUCGCAUCUAUGGAUAUUGAUGUUGCGAGCAAGGAUGAGUCUAGCCUUGUUGAAUCUGCAGUCGACACGUUGAUGCACAGAUCGGAUGGUGGCGCUCGAGUGCUCGUCGUGUCGCUUGCUCUGAUUAACGGAGUAUUCGCGACGCUGCACACCAUGAUCAUGGGCAUGAUUCAAACUUGCGGCCAAAGCAAGCGCAGCGUAGGCGAAAGUAGGAACCCUCGUGCCAAGCUUGUCGACGCUAUGAUUGGCAUGCUGGACAAGCUUCAAACUCUGUUUGUGUUUGCACUACUUGUGCUUGCAUCUUGGACAUCAAUACUGGCGCACGCACGCGCUGAGAGCGCAAAGAAGACAUCUUGGCUGCCGUUUUUGGAAACGACAAGAAAAGAACAGAAUAACGAGAGACUCGACGGCAAGGCGCUCCAAACGGUACGAUUGCAACCGAUCGAUGCAAUGGCCACGCUCAAACGCUGCGUGAUCUCUCGCACUAUGGCCCCACUCCGCGAUUGUCACGUGUCGCUCACCAAGUCUCCACUCGUCUCUCCCAAGCCAAGUCUGCAGCCUCUUCCCGAAACACCUCGCUCAGCCACAAUCCGCACCACAGCUAAACCAGACGUCGUAGUCACAGCGCUCGUCGACAUAGCUGCCAAGAUUAGUUUGCUUGUCGUCUGCUCUAGUCCCGACUCGAUCAAGACGUGCAAGAUCGACCGCACCAGAUACGACUGUGCCUCGACACCAUGGAUUCUUAUCGAGCAGGUUCAUCUCGAACAUUGCUUGGGACACGUUGGUAAGAGUGCUUUCUGCGUUCAAGUUGACAUGAAAGCUUGGAAAGGGGACCAGGAUGAGACUUUUUUGCAGACGCUGUCUGCGCCCGUCAGUGUGUCGCUGUUCGUUAGCGCGCCGAUUUGA